UCGGUUCAAACGAACGAUUCGUUCACAUCAGCCACUGCAGCCACCCGUCGAUGGAGGAGCGGUUCUGAUCUCAUCUGGGCUACUUACAAACAUGCUGCUCGAUAAAACCCGCUUUCCCCUCAAAAUCACCCGAUCGAACGACUUGAUUGAUAUGUGAACCGAUUCAGGCCGCUGUGAGAUCCGGUAGAAGUCGUGGUCAUGUACUCUGAGUGGAGGUCUUUACACCUGGUGGUCCAGCACGAUCAGGGUCACCUGAGCGUCUUACACUCUUAUCCAGCCGGCGUCGGGCGAGACGUGGCGAACGCUGUGGUGCGGCCGCUGGGAAACAUUCUCGGAGGAGCACAGAACGAGUGCCUCCUCAAGACUGACAAGGAGGUGAAGUGGACCAUGGAGGUGCUGUGUUUUGGGCUGACGCUCCCGCUGGAUGGAGACACGGUGAAGUUGUGUGUGGACGUCUACACUGACUGGAUGAUGGCCCUGGUGUCUCCACGAGACUCUAUACCCCAGCCCAUCAUCAAAGAGCCCAACCUCUACGUCCAAACCAUCCUCAAACACUUGCACAACCUUUUCCUGCCCAGACCAGAGCAGUUCAGUCUGGUGCACUUUAAAUUGUGUCAGCAAGUGCUGUCUGCGGUGCAGAAGUUGGCUCGUGACUCGUCUGGAAUGGCUAGAGAAACAUGGGAAGUGCUGCUCCUCUUCCUGCUGCGCAUCAAUGACACGCUGCUGGCUCCGCCCACUGUGGGAGGAGGAAUAGCAGAGAAGCUGGCUGAGAAGCUGAUCAGCGUGCUGUUUGAGGUCUGGUUCCUGGCUUGCACACGCUGCUUCCCGACGCCGCCCUACUGGAAGACGGCCCGAGAGAUGCUGGCCAACUGGAGACAUCACCCUCCGGUGGUGGAGCAGUGGAGUAAAGUCAUCGCUGCGCUCACGUCCAGGCUUCUGCGGUUCAUGUACGGCCCGUCCUUCCCUCCGUUUAAAGUUCCCGAGGAAGACGCCGGCCUCAUCCCAGCGGAGAUGGACAACGACUGUGUGUCUCAGACGUGGUAUCGAUUUCUACACAUGCUCAGUAACCCCGUGGACCUGAGCAAUCCCGUCAUAGUGAGUUCCACCCCAAAGUUUCAGGAGCAGCUGCUCGGAGGAAACGGCGUUCCUCACGAGGUCAUUCAGCACCCCUGUCUCAAACAGCUUCCUCAGAUCUUCUUCAGAGCGAUGAGGGGCGUCAGCUGCCUCGUGGACGCUUUCCUCGGUGUUGCUGUUUGUAAGAAACUCGAGUGUCGUGAAACUCUGCCCUUUUCUGGAGUCACAGUGUCUAGGAGCAAUAUUCAGGACAGACUUCCCUCUAUAGGUGUUGCUGUAUCUCGGAACAAUUUUCGAGACAGACUCCCAUCUUAUGGUAUUUGAUAACGCGCCUCUGACUAAUCAAGAGGGAGUUUGAUGAGGAUUGUAGAUGCACGAGGACUUUUAGAUCAAAGAUCCCUGUGUUGUGGAAAUCAAUUAUUUAUUGUUAAUUAUCUUGUUGAUUGCCUUGUUUUUGCUCCCAUACAAGUUAAAUCAUUGCCCAGAAUGAAUGUGAACAUACUUAUUGGUUGGCACCCAGUCUAAAAUCAAACUAGCAUUUAAAGAUUUAAAAACCUCUUGAAAUUAAAAUGUGGCAUAUUGUUGCUGUCUGUAGCUUUGAGAUCAUUUA